AUGGAUGGUUUCAACUUCACAAGAAAUCUCUUAUUCAAGUCCUCAAUGACAGAAGAGUGCACCGAAACAGAACUCACUCAUCAGCAACCUCAUCAACGUCCAAGGUUCAGAAAUUACAAACGUUGGUGGCGUGUAUCCCUAUACAUAUUUCUUGCUCUUGGAGGCCAAUCUGCAGCCACUCUUUUGGGAAGGUUAUACUAUGACAGUGGUGGCAAUAGCAAAUGGAUGGCAACAUUUGUUCAAACCGCAGGAUUCCCUGUACUUCUUCCACUAUUUUUAUACUUCCCAACAACACAUGACAAUUCUAGUAACAUGUCCAAUGAUAAUUUCUCCGAAACCAAGCCAAAACUCUACACUCUUGUUUUCCUCUACAUAGUUUUCGGCUUAAUUGUUACAGCGAAUGACUUGAUGUAUUCCUAUGGACUUCUAUAUCUCCCUCUCACCACCUAUUCUCUAAUAGGUGCAACCCAAUUAGUCUUCAAUGCAGUGUUCUCUUACUUCCUCAAUGCCCAAAAGUUCACAGCAUUCAUAGUAAAUUCCAUAGUCCUCCUCAGCAUAUCAGUUUCGCUUCUCGCGAUCAACGGCGAAUCUAACGACCCAAUGGGCCACUCUAGCAAAGAAAAGCAUAUGUAUAUGUUUGGGUUCAUUUCCACCCUUGUUGCAUCAGCUACGUUUGCUCUACACCACUGUCUUGUGCAGAUCAUAGUAUUUUAA